AUGAGCCGCCAAUUCUCUUGCAAAUCUGGAACUGUGGCCAAGGGGGGCUUCAGUGGCUGCUCAGCAGUGCUCUCUGGGGGCAAGUCAUCCUACUGGAUUGGGGGCAAAGGGCUUAGUGGGGGCGGAUUUGGCAGCCGGAGCCUCUACAACCUGGGGACCACCCGGAACAUCUCUUUCAACAUGGCCAGCGGCAGUGGGCGACUAGGUGGCUAUGGGUUUGGCCAGGGCCGGGCCAGUGGCUUUGCGGGAAGCAUGUUUGGCAGUGUGGCCCUGGGGCCCGUGUGCCCAACUGUAGGUUCUCCAGGGGGCAUCCACCAAGUCACCAUCAACAAGAGCCUCUUGGCCCCCCUCAACGUAGAGCUGGACCCUGAGAUCCAGAAAGUGCGUGCUCAGGAGCGGGAGCAGAUCAAGGUCCUCAACAACAAGUUUGCCUCCUUCAUCGACAAGGUGCGGUUCCUGGAGCAGCAGAACCAGGUGCUGGAGACCAAGUGGGAGCUGCUGCAGCAGCUGGACCUGAACAACUGCAGGAACAACCUGGAGCCCAUCCUGGAGGGCUUUGUCGGCAACCUGCGGAAGCAGCUGGAGGCGCUGUCGGGGGACAGGGUGCGGCUGGACUCGGAGCUGAGGAGCAUGCGCGACGUGGUGGAGGACAACAAGAAGAGGUACGAGGAGGAAAUAAACAAGCGUGCGACGGCUGAGAAUGAAUUUGUGGUGCUCAAGAAGGACGUGGAUGCUGCUUACAUGAACAAAGUGGAGCUGCAAGCCAAGGUGGACACCCUGGAUGGAGAAAUCAAGUUCUUCAAGUGCCUCUAUGAAGCGGAGAUUGCCCAGCUCCAGUCCCACAUCAGCGACACGUCCGUCAUCCUGUCCAUGGACAACAACCGCAGCCUGAACCUGGACAGCAUCAUCGCCGAGGUGCGCAGCCAGUACGAGGACAUCGCCCUGAGGAGCAAGGCCGAGGCCGAGGCCCUGUACCAGACUAAGUUCCAGGAGCUCCAGCUGGCUGCCGGGAGGCAUGGGGACGACCUCAAGCACACCAAGAACGAGAUCGCAGAGCUGACUCGUGUCAUCCAAAGGCUGCGUUCAGAGAUCGAGAGCGUGAAGAAGCAGUGCUCCAACCUGGAGACGGCCAUCGCCGAUGCCGAGCAGCGGGGGGACUGCGCCCUGAAGGACGCGCGGGCCAAGCUGGAGGAGCUGGAGGCCGCCCUGCAGCAGGCCAAGGAGGAGCUGGCCCGGAUGCUAAGAGAGUACCAGGAGCUGACCAGCGUGAAGCUGGCCCUGGACAUUGAGAUCGCCACCUACCGCAAGCUGCUGGAGGGCGAGGAGUGCAGGAUGUCCGGAGAGUACACCAACGCUGUGAGCAUUUCCGUCAUCAGCAGCUCCACGGCCGGGACCACAGGCGCGGGGGCCAACUUUGGGUUCAGCAGCACCGGCACCUAUGGCUACCGACACAGUUCUGUUGGCGGGGGCUACAGCAUGCUCUCUGGGGGCUGUGUCACUGGAAGUGGGAACUGUAGCCCCCACGGAGAAAGCAGGAUGAGGCUGGGAAGCGCGAGCGAAUUCAAGGACGCUCUGGGGAAGACAUCAGCACUGAGCUCACCCACAAAGAAAACCCUGAGAUAA